UGUUAUGUAAAUAUAAGCUAAAAGUUUUUUUCUAUUCCUUAUUUUUUUCUCAAUAUGUAUUUAAUUCCUUAUAUGUAUUAAGGCUUAAUUUUUUUCCCCAGUGGAUUUUAUGGGAAAGAGUAAUCUGCAUAUUCAAUCAGAUAGUGUGAAUAUUUUAGCCAUGAUUUUUAUGCACAGAAACAGCAUACUGGAGCAGCAUUGUUCCGAUGACUUUGCCUUUUCGUUGAAGCUGGCUCAAUCUACAUUUUCUUAUUAAGAAAACUUAACAGGUUACAGCUCAUUUAAUAUUGAAUUCUGAAUCAUCAGCACUGUUGACCAAAACUGAAAGGAAAGAUCUUUGUGAUAUGAAUCAUGUUUCCUGUAGGUUCAUUAAUGGUAGUCCAGUUGGAGAAUACUCCUUGUGCCAGGUCUACACUUUGUUCAGGGUGCCUUGCAGGUAAUUGCUGCUCUUGUGAAAGGUUGUAUUUAUUAUUUAUUUUGUACUGGGAAGGAGUUGAACACAGGGUCUCCUGCUUGUUAUGCAUGCAGUCUACUUCUGAGCACUCUUUCCAGCCCUGUGCAAAUUUUUGGUAUUACUAUUUUUAUCUACUUAUUAUUUUAUUAUUUUGUUUGUUUUGAAUUGCCACUUUGUUUCUCUGUGUCUGUUUUUUAGUUUUUAUAAGUCAUGUUCCCACUCAUUAGGGACUAACUUUAGCCCUCGGAUGCUAUUAUAUUUUAACUCUCUGCAUAAAGAAGAGAAACUUCUGAUGCCAACCACUACUAUUUUUUAUGUUUGUUAGUUUAAAAUAUAAACAGUUUAAAGUCAAAAUAUGUUUAAUGUGACUUGGGAUGAUAUACACGCCCAAAUGGCCUGGAAAUCCGUUAAGUUCUUAACUCGGAAUAUAGUGGACUACUCUUCCCAAAUAUUACUCAACAUUAGAAAUGCUAACAAGGUUCCUAGAAGCACCUUUUAAGGAGGUGGGUUCAGGCUUCAGGGAGCUGCUGGCAGCUAGCCGGAUCUCAUACAGGGCCUUUCCCCAUUUCCUGUCCUGUCUCUGUAGACAGGGAUGUGUGCACAGGGCAGCCUCUUUCACUCACCCACUCUGAUAGCUUAGGGCCAUAAGCCUCUUGUGUGCCUGAAGCUGGAGAAUGUCUUUUGGAAAGUAGACUGUUCUGAAUGUAGCCAGCGAUGGAGAGAAGAGUGUACAGUCAAGGUAUCCUCCCAUUCCCUCCAGAUGACAUCCAUGGAUAAUUAAUAAACGUUAUAUUUCCUUUAUUUGAACCGAAGUUCCAGUUAAUUUACUACUUACCAUUCAGUAAGUGUUUCUGUGGGAUCCAUUCAUGUACCCCUGAAGUAUCAUGUAUCAUGAAAAAUCUUCCCACAGCUUAGAGUCCUGAGCAAGUGGCUCUGGCAUGUCCUCACCCGGCAGGAUAUACCUGACUAUGUGAAAGGGUCAUUGUUGGUUUUUAUUUAUUUUUUUAAAUUGCCAUGUAGAGUUCCAAAAAGUGUUGGUAAACUUUUGUACCUUUGUCAUGCUAAGCUAUUGGAUCUUCUUGUCCUUUGGGUGAAUCUUUUAUCAGUAUGUGGUUUUGUUGAUAGACAUCCCUUUUUUUAAUCAGUGCAUUGUGGUUAGAAAACACCGAUUCACUGACAUAUGCAAGUCUUUCAGAUGCUGGCACAUUUCAUUCUGUAGUUUCCAGAGAUCGUAUACUGCUGCUUUCAUUGUAACAGCGUUAAGUGCUAGGAAGUUUUCAGAUUCUUGGUGUAAGAAUCAUAGUUUCCAGAAUUUGAUUUUUGCCCAGAGGCUUGAAUUUUACCAUCAGCAAUAAAUAUUGUCCGUUUUUUUCUUGAAAUGCCAGAUAUACUUCUUUUGAGGAAUUGUCUCCCAGAGCCUUGCUAAGCAGCCUUGCUCACUCUCCAGCAGCAGAGGCUGCAGGUCUGACGUGCACAGGUGUCCCAGGUGCUCCGCUCGAGGUGACCAUUCUCUCUCAGGUUCAUCAGAAGUGCCUAUUGCAGGCUUUAGAGAGUUGUGUACUCAAGUGUUGGCUUUAUUAAAUGAACCAUUUUUAUUGUGCCUUCUCUCACGUUUCCCCAUGAAAUACUACUUUGAUGAUUGCUAAGGAAGAUAGAGUUGUGCUAAUCUUCAUUCACCCAGACUGUUUACCAAAUACCCAGACACCUCCUGUUUGGUGUGGCUGUGAAGAAUGCAGAAGAGACGGUAAAGAACAGGUCCAAGAAAGGUUCAAAGAAAGCAAACAGCAGCGGGGGCAGCGGCAGUGGCAGCGGCGGUGGCAGCAGUGGCAGCGGCAGCAAGUUGCCCCCAGUUUGUUAUGAAAUAAUUACCUUGAAGACUAAGAAGAAGAAGAAGAUGGCUGCUGAUAUAUUCCCCCGUAAGAAACCAGCCAGCUCCAGCAGCACCACUGUCCAGCAGCACCACCAGCACAAUCUCUGUAACAACAACCUCAUCCCAGCCCCCAACUGGCAGGGUCUUUAUCCCACCAUCAGAGAAAGAAAUGCGGUGAUGUUCAAUAAUGACUUGAUGGCAGAUGUACAUUUUGUGGUUGGACCACCAGGUGGGACUCAGCGGUUGCCAGGACACAAAUAUGUCUUAGCUGUUGGGAGCUCAGUGUUCCAUGCAAUGUUUUAUGGAGAGCUUGCUGAGGACAAAGAUGAAAUCCGAAUACCGGACGUCGAACCUGCUGCUUUCCUCGCCAUGCUGAAAUACAUCUAUUGUGAUGAAAUUGACUUGGCUGCGGACACAGUGCUGGCCACACUGUAUGCUGCCAAAAAGUACAUAGUUCCUCACCUUGCCAGAGCCUGUGUUAAUUUCCUGGAGACCAGCCUGAGCGCCAAGAACGCCUGUGUGCUCCUCUCUCAGAGCUGCCUGUUUGAGGAGCCAGACCUGACACAGCGUUGCUGGGAGGUGAUUGAUGCUCAAGCUGAGCUAGCACUCAAGUCUGAGGGGUUCUGUGACAUCGACUUCCAGACACUCGAAAGUAUCCUCCGCAGGGAAACGCUGAAUGCCAAAGAAAUAGUAGUUUUUGAGGCUGCCCUGAACUGGGCUGAAGUGGAAUGCCAGCGGCAAGAUCUGGCCCUGAGCAUUGAAAAUAAACGCAAGGUCCUAGGAAAGGCACUGUACUUGAUCCGCAUCCCCACCAUGGCCUUGGAUGACUUUGCAAAUGGUGCUGCACAGUCCGGGGUAUUAACUCUCAACGAGACCAAUGACAUCUUCCUCUGGUACACUGCAUCCAAAAAACCAGAGCUGCAGUUUGUGAGUAAAGCCCGCAAGGGCCUGGUCCCCCAGCGUUGUCACCGAUUCCAGUCAUGUGCCUACCGGAGCAACCAGUGGCGCUAUCGGGGUCGCUGUGACAGCAUUCAGUUUGCAGUUGAUAAGAGGGUUUUCAUCGCAGGCUUUGGGCUGUAUGGCUCCAGCUGUGGCUCAGCAGAAUACAGCGCCAAGAUUGAACUCAAACGGCAGGGCGUUGUCCUGGGCCAGAACUUGAGCAAGUACUUCUCAGACGGAUCCAGCAAUACCUUCCCUGUGUGGUUUGAAUAUCCAGUGCAGAUUGAGCCAGACACCUUCUACACAGCCAGCGUGGUGCUGGAUGGCAAUGAACUCAGCUACUUUGGACAGGAAGGCAUGACGGAAGUUCAGUGUGGCAAGGUGACUGUCCAGUUUCAGUGCUCCUCAGACAGCACCAACGGCACUGGGGUACAGGGAGGGCAGAUCCCCGAACUCAUAUUCUAUGCUUGAGCCUUCCUUUCCUUGCGCAUCAUGAGACACCCCACAUGGGCCCUCCUUGCCUGACGCUUAGCUCGUCUCCAGAUGUGUGGUCAGCACAGGUAAUUUGUAAUGAAUGAAGCAGUAGGCAGUUUCUAAUGUCUUUGAACCUUUUAAUUAUGUACAGGCUAAAAUGCAACAUUCCGCUUUUAACUGUAUGCUUAGAAGAGCCAGGUUCUUACUCAGGCUUUGUGGUCUUAGAGUUGCGUCUGUAUGCCUAGGGAAAUCAUGUGGCUUCUCCAAGUGCCCACCAACCUCCACUUUUGUACCUCUGAAGAAGAUUUUGGAUUGACUUGAAUUUCCUUUGAUGAGUGGAAUAUGUAUUCUAAAGUAAUAUUAUCAAGUUAUUUUUCAACAAAACCUUUCCCUUUCUCUCAAAAUAAACAAAAACAAAAAACAGGUAAACCUCAGUGCACAAUUUUGAAAGAAUAUUUACUUUAUAGCAAGUAAACUUAGAAAGUAAACAGGCCAGUAGUUAUGUUUGCCUCUGUUCUUUUACACUUGUUGCUUCUGGGCCUUGCUUUUAUAUUCUUUCCAUGUUAAGUUCCUGUAUGUGUUUCAUACUAAGCAGUUCCCACUCUGGGUGUAAGGAAUUGGCUUUUGUUUAGGCCUUGACUAAGCAGACUUCAGUUCUUUCCGUUUAGGAGACAAGAUACCAGAGUGCAGCUACUUCACUGAGAAUUGAUGGAGUUAGAAAAUUUUGUUGUCAACAGAAAAAAUAAAGUUGCAAACAUGCUAAUGUAUACUAUAAUGGGUAAAAGGGAAGCCUGAAAAUGUCCUAUACAAUGAAUAGUUCCAUUUUUUAAUGAGACUCAUACACAAUUUGAAAAAGCCACUCUUGCCUGGUAGUUUUCGACAGCCCUCAACUCACUCACUCUCUCUCUCUCUCUCUCUCUCUCUCUCUCUCUCUCUCUCUCUCUCUGCUUGUUAAGUCUUACUGCAUAGGAUUUGUGUUACUCCCCGCUCCCUCCCUUGUUAGAAGAGGACCAAACAGUGGAGGUAUGGAGUAAUGGUAGCACUACUUGUCAAUGUGAUAAAGUGCUUUUUAUGCUUUUUUUUUUUAAUUGGAACAUUAUUUCUCUGAUCUUUGACCAUAGACGAUCUUAUUUGUUGAUUAUGAGCAAGUUUCUGGACUGCUAGAACCUGGCCUCUGGCCAUCUUAAAGUGCCAAUAUAUGCCUGCAGGGUUUUUGAAAAAUGGUUCGGAGUGACACUGGGUUAUACCCAGUACUCACCUCAUCAGCAUCCCAUGCCGCUCUUAUUUGUCCAUGAUAACCAUAAGCAAAGAGGGAAAAGCUCACAGACAACUUCUCCUUCCAUGAUGGCUUGUGUUGGCUUAGUGCCUGUGACCCUGGUAGUGUCCAGUGUGGUCACGAGAAGCUGAAAUAUCCAUGUGUUUCUGGGCAGCUUUUCUGCUCAGCGUGAUCCUGAGAUGGCUUCCCGCCACCCAGAGUGUGGUCCCUGGCCGCCUCCUUCUCCUGCUCUGUAAGCCCAAGUUGGCUUCCCUGGAGCAGGGGCUAGUCCUGGGGUGUGUGUGUCUGUCUGCGCAUGCAAUAUGCGCAUGAAAGAGUGCUUGCCAACUCAGGAACUGCCUCCUCCCUGUCUGGCUAGUGGUGGGUGUGUCAGAAAUGCCUCCCACCCCCUGCUGGUGCCAGCAAGGCCCAAUGAGUGACUGAUUCCACUCACUGUGCUUCUGGGCCACUUCUUCCCCUAUAGAUAUGGGCUUGCGGCCUUUGGCCAGCUUCCCUGGUGGAGGAGAGCAAUGGAUUAUGGGAAAUGUUUUAAUCAUUUUGCCAUUACUUACAUCUGUUGACAUAGGUGACCAAAAGCUGUUAUUGGUGACAAGGACUACUUUACGAAAUGAUCUCUCAAUUGUUUCCUAAUAAAGGAGAUGACAGGUUGUAGUUUUGGCAAAGCAUCAAUAAAAUAAAGGUACAUUGUCAAUUAAAAUUGCUUCUACAAAGGCUUUUGUUUUAAAAAUUAUGGUUAAACAUUUCAGUAACUCAUAGCUACCAUACAAAUUGGUAAGCCUGACCAGAAGGCACUUACUGUUAAGCCAGAGGAGAAGGAAUUUUGUUUAGCACUAAUCUAAUCGAGUCAUGUCAGAUAGUUUGGGCUGGGUGUGAUAGCCUUAAAGGAGCAGCAUCCAGCCCAACUCUUACUGUGACUCAGCUGCCCUCCAUGUGGCGUGGCAAGUGCAGUUCACUGAGGAUGGGAGAACAUAACUUUAUAUUAGUUAUUAGUAUGUUUCAGAAAAGAACACGCCCACUUUCUGACCUCUGAUAGGAACUGUAGGUAGGAUUGGAAAGCUGGACCUAAACUGAGAGAUUUUAUGUUCAGAGCCUGUUCUCUUACCUGCAUUUUCAGCAAAAUGAAAGGUAAUGCGCUUGCUUUGGUUUUCUUUGGUAAUUUUGAACUCUGUAGUUUGUAAAAAUAGGAACCAUUGUUCUGACAGGGCUGGCAGCUGUAGUGUAAAACACAACUUUAUUAAGCUGAAAACGCUGUAGAUGCUUUUCCCUGCAUACCUGGAAGUCUUCAUCAUUGCUCAUACUGGGGAUAAGGGUAACUAGGCUAGCAGUUCUAAUGCAAAAUUCCUUAAUCAUAUCGUAAGAUAGUAUUUAAGUAAACGGUCUCAUUUCUACAUAAUUAUUGCACUGAACUGUCUUUUUUUUAAGGUGUUUAAAUAAGCUAGCUAAUUCAGUACACUAGGCAACUGUGCAUCAGUGUGCUUGACUUUAGCAGCUUACAGCAUUAUUUAUGAAGGAAAAUAUAUAAAUAUGAAGUACCUCAUGUUGAAUGUUAUUGUACUGUAUUUUCAAUGUAACAGUGCAGAUCUUGUUAGACACAUGAAUGUGUAUAAUCAUGUUAAAUGCAAAUAAAAUAAAACUGGUUCAUAGA